UGUAUUUCUACAGACAAAUGGCUGCCUUCUGUGAAAUAUGGGAUAUCUUUAUUUGUAUAUGCAUCAUGUGGAAUUCAUCUACGCUUGCAUUUGGAGACUCCACACAUCAACUUAAAAUUCACUUGGGAUGCCAAGCUGUGAUACCGUGCACAGAUUACAAAAGUUCUUCAAACUCGUUGAAAUGGUUUUUCACCAAACAUGGACAUGACAGCACAAUCCAGUUAAUUUCUGAAGAUGAACAAGGAAUUCUGCAUUUUGACAAAACCUUUAAGCCCAGAAUAAGUGUCAUGCACAAUCAAUCUCUGGUUAUCAGAGCUUUCACAGGAGAUGAUCAAGGCCAGUACUGGUGUGAAUUCUGGUACCAGGGCAAACGCAACCAGAAGAAAACCAUCCAUGUGGAAACAGAAGUUCUUCAUGAAACCCGCAUGACACGCUACGUUCUUCCAGGCAGCACAUUUUCACACACAUGUCCGGGUGAAUUCAAGAACUUUGAAUGGACUUUUGAAGCAAGCAGCACACCUGCUACAGCAAGUCCGAACCUCAAAAAGACCGUACAUGGACCAGAAGCACACUUUGUGACUCUUAACAAGUCAAUACACCUUCUGAAUAUCAAAAGAACAGAUGCUGGGAAAUAUUCCUGCUGGACAAACCGAUGCCGUGAACGGAAACAAAAACUACUCACUAUCAACUUGUGCGUGAUAACAGUUUUAGACCAUAGUGACAAUUCCUCUGUUCCUUGCACCGUCAUCUGUGACAUGGAUACAAGUGACAUAAAUCCAAACACGAUAGACAUGGAGAUGGAAACAUGGAAUAUAUCAGUGGUGGUGGAUUCACUUGACUCUUUACAAUGCAACGCAAUGAGAAAGUUCUACAAAUCCAGUGCUGUUAACAACUCACUCGGACCAACAAAUACCUUCAAUGAAACUACAGAGCGUGCAGAACCACUUAUUUUUUGGACAAUAGCACUGUGUGGGUGUCUUGCUUUAUUGGCACUUGUACUCUUCUGCUUCAGAUCAACACAGCGGACAGAGUGA